ACCAUACGUCACCAUGAUGCUUGGGCUGGCCUCUCGCGAGACUAAGCGCGGUUUCCGAGCCAGUACUGUAGUGCGUGCGCGAUAGAGACGAGGAAAGAUGGCGACACAGGGGAGCGAAUCAACUAAAGAGACCGUGAGCAGUAGCAACGGCGAGGUCAGCAGCAAUGGGACUGCUUCAACAACAGACAGCCUGGCUGCACAGACGGAUGGAAACGUGCAGGAUCCUCAGCAGCAGCAGCAGCAGCAGCAGCAGCAACAACCACCGAAUGCGUGGCAGGUCAUUAAAGGAGUCCUCUUUAGAAUCUUCAUAAUCUGGGCCAUCAGUAGUUGGUUUCGCCGGGGGCCAUCCACUCCUGACCCCAACACACCAGCGGGUGCCCCCAGACUUCCCAGCAGGAAUCUAUUCCCCAAAGACACGCUCAUGGACCUGUAUGUGUACGUGUCCCAGGAGGAGGUGUUCUCUGACUUCAACAAUACAGAUGCCCUGUUCUGGUUCCACAGGGACCUGGUCUAUGGAGACUGGAACACGGGGGAGACUGGAGAUGGCUGCUAUCAUCACUACAAGGAUUUGGACGUCCCAGAGAAGGUGCAGCACAACGGCUCCCUAUACAUACACAUCUACUUCACUAAAAGUGGGUUCCACCCAGACCCAAAACGCAAGGGGCAGUACCGCCGACUGGCAACAGUUCAUUCAACGAGAAUGCUGAAUAAAUUCAAGAGAAGAAAGUUUCUGAAAACCAAGAAUCUCCUCACAGGAGAAACAGAAGCUGAUCCAGAAAUGAUUAAGCGAGCAGAGAGCCACGGUCCAGUGGAGAUUAUCUCACACUGGCACCCCAACCUCACCAUCAACAUGGUGGAUGACCACACGGCCUGGGUGAAAGGCUCUGUUCCUCCCCCUCUGGACCAAUAUGUGAAGUUCGAUGCAGUCAGUGGCGAUUACUACCCCAUCGUAUACUUCAAUGACUACUGGAACCUGCAGAAGGACUACUACCCCAUCAAUGAGACGCUGUCCCAGCUCCCGCUGCGCCUCAGCUACUGCCCGCUGUCCCUGUGGCGCUGGCAGCUGUAUGCCGCCCAGAACGCUCGCUCACCGUGGAAUUUCCUCCCAGAGGACACUUACGAGCAGUCGGAUGAGGACCAAGACUCUGUCAAGGUCGCCCUUUUGGAAACCAAUCCCUACCUGCUGGGACUCACCAUUGUGGUCUCCAUUGUGCACAGCAUCUUUGAGUUUCUUGCCUUCAAGAACGACAUCCAGUUCUGGAACAGCAGGCAGUCACUAGAAGGCCUCUCUGUGCGCUCCAUCAUAUUCGGAGUGUUUCAGUCUCUAGUGGUUCUGCUGUACAUUCUGGACAACGAAACGAACUUCGUUGUGCAGGUCAGCGUCUUCAUUGGUCUCCUGAUCGACCUGUGGAAAAUCACCAAGGUCAUGGAUGUCAAAUUGGACAGAGAGAACAAAAUUGCGGGAAUAAUUCCAAGAUUGGUGCUCACAGACAAGUCAACAUAUGUGGCGUCUUCAACCAAAAUCUAUGAUGAUAUGGCCUUCAGGUACCUGUCAUGGCUGCUCUACCCUCUGUUUGGCUGCUAUGCGAUCUACAGCUUAUUGUAUGUAGAGCACAAAGGCUGGUACUCAUGGGUACUCAGCAUGCUUUAUGGCUUCUUGUUGACCUUUGGUUUCAUUACGAUGACGCCACAGCUGUUCAUCAACUACAAAAUGAAAUCUGUAGCCCACCUCCCAUGGAGGAUGCUCACCUACAAGGCUCUCAAUACUUUUAUUGAUGACCUGUUUGCCUUCGUCAUAAAGAUGCCCAUGAUGUACAGGAUAGGAUGCCUCAGAGAUGAUGUGGUGUUCUUCAUCUACCUUUACCAGCGCUGGAUCUACCGGGUGGAUCCAAACAGAGUCAAUGAGUUUGGCACGAGCGGAGCGGACCCAUCUCAGAAGAGCCCAGCAGACGCUGCUCCCGUGGAAGAUGCCUCCACCGCCGCCAUCACAGAAAAAGGAGAGGGGGAGAAGAAGAACGAUUAAUCAACACCUCGCACUUACUUUCCUCCCGUGCCCUGGCUGCUGGGGGUGAAGAGGACUCUUGGAAAUUAGGCACAGAGGGGAGGAGGUCGUUUAGCUGUCAUGGACGCGGCUCCGGGAAAAAAAAAAAAAAAGAGAGAGAGAAAAAGAAAAAAAGAUGCAGUUCAGCUGUCUGAUCCUCUGAUCUCUGUGUGGGUCCACAGAGAAUCAUAUUCAGUGUAGACUUGGUAAAUUCUGACUGUUCCCCCCCCACCCCUACCCUCUCGUUUUGCAGUUCAAGUGAAGUAAAACAAAACGUGAUGUACUGUUUUCUGUAUGAUUUUUUUUCAGAGGGUAACAGUGUCUUGGAGUAGAUGUUGGGAGGGGAACAGGUUUCAGUUAUACUACUUUUUUUUAAUACAGAGAAGCAAGAGGCCAAGUGCGACCUUUGAUCUUUGUGUAGAUUCCUUGUGAAAUUUUCUUUUCAUUCCAUGUGAGCACCGUGUUUUGGGUUGCCUGGACACUGGUGUGUGGUGCUGGAGGAAAACUGGAAAGGUCCCGAGCCACAUUGGAGGCCAAAGGAGAGAGUUGGUGACUGGAGACAUGACGGAGGACCCUGCAGAGCACUACCCACGAGACGUUGACUACUACCCUCAAUUUUAAAGAAAUGGUUAUUGAUCUAAACUUGAACAGAAAAAAAAAUAACAGCCUUGUUGGUAUUGAUAUAAAUAUAUUAAUAUUGUCAAUGAUAUAAUUUAGUUUUUUUCAGUCACUGAAGCAUUCUUUUGUAUGUCCUCAAACUGUACAGACUUGUGUUAAUAAUACUGAUGUCCAAACUGUCUAGCAGCAGAUCAUUUGCAAGUCUGGUUUUUAUUUUCCCCUCAGCUGGAAGUCUGAUUUUCCAAUUGUUUCAUCUUCAUGCUCCAAAACAGAACACUUUGGCCAACAUGAGAGUCAGGUGUGUGCUGAAGGAUUACAGUGUCUCUUGCUUUGUUUUUGUUUUUUAUUUUGAGUGCUGUAAAGCCUGAAAGUAAAAGAGUUCCAUGUUGGUACAUAUUAAAAUUUUGAGCAUUCAUGUUUAUAGUAAAACUAAGUGUGAUUUAAAAUGUCUAUUCAAAGCUUUAUUUUCCAGUCUUACGUCCGCUUUUUCUGAUAUUCAAAACAAUGUUUUUUUGCUUGAAAGUGAUUAAUAAGUUUAGGCUCUAAAUACAGUGCCUGUGCUUUAACAGGAAAUGCAGAUAUAUGGAGCCCUUGGAUCAUGUUUUAAAUUAUUAUCACACAGAUGGGUUAUUGAUUCAUUUUGUAAGGAAGUUCAUAUAAAGCAUAGGAAAACAAAAUUAACCUGAAACACUGACUUCAGCUUUGGGAAAUUUCUUGACUGGUUUAUUUAUUAAACCCAUUUACAGCACCAGAGCCGCCUAAAGUACU